CCGGAGUGCUUGUCGAGGCUCGGAGCAUGGUGGGCGCCGCCUGAGCAGCCCGCAUGGCGGCCGCGCUGCUGCUGUGCCUGUUCUUCGCGAGCAGCGCCGCCGAGGAGCCGCAGCUGUCGCGGUGUCCCGAUCCGUGCCGAUGCACGGGACUCACGCUGGACUGCAGCCACCGAGGCCUGCGUGUAGUGCCGCGCCCGCUGCCCCAGGACGCCCGCAGGCUGGACCUGGAAGGAAACAACAUCAGCGUGAUCGGCAAGGAUGACUUCCGAGGAAUGAACAAGCUUCGGAUCUUGCAUCUGAUGGAGAACGAGAUACACACGGUGCAUCGGGGUGCCUUCGCGGACCUCACAUCCAUGGAGAGGCUGCGCCUGAACAACAACAAGCUGAGAAGCCUGCCGGAGUCGCUCUUCGUGACGAUGGUCAACCUGCAGCGCCUGGACCUCAGCCAUAACAAGCUUGCUGCACUAGGAGACAAGAUGCUCCGGGCUGCCAUGCUACUCAAGAACCUCCAGGUGGACAACAACGAGAUUUCCUGCAUUGAUGACUCAGCCCUGCGUGGCCUCAGAAACAUGGAAAUCCUGACGCUGAACCGGAACAACCUCACGACGUUGGGGAAGGAUCUGUUCGAGAAUAUGAAGAAACUGCGGGUUGUGCGGCUGUCGGAAAACCCAUUGUCGUGCGACUGCCGGUUGUCCUGGCUGGCCUCUUGGUUGCGGCGUCACCCACGGCUAGGCCUCUUCACUCGCUGCAGCAUGCCGGCCGCUCUCAAAGGCAAGGCGGUCGCGGAGCUUCACGAGGACGACAUGAUCUGUGACCACGGUGCCACCGGAGGCUGCCAGCGCGCCAGCCCGUGCCCAUUUCCGUGCACCUGCAUGGACGGCGUGGUCGACUGCCGCGACAAAGGGCUCACGGCGCUACCCCAGCACAUACCUGAAACUACUACUGAGCUGCGGUUGGAGCAGAACCAAAUCACGGAAAUACCUUCACAAGCCUUUGCGCACUUGAAAUGGAUACGUCGAAUUGAUCUCAGCAGCAAUGUUAUAUCGAAAGUAGCUCCUGAUGCUUUCAAUGGACUAAAGUCAUUGACAUCAUUAGUCCUGUACGGGAACCGGAUAUCGGAUCUCCCUCCCGGGAUAUUUCAUGGUCUUACCUCCCUCCAACUGCUGCUGCUGAACGCCAACCGGAUAUCAUGCAUAAGGAAGGACACGUUCAGGGAUCUCCGGAACCUGAAUUUGCUGUCCCUUUAUGACAACAGCAUACAGUCUCUGGCCAAUGGGUCAUUCGCCCCACUGAAUAACAUUCAAACAUUGCACCUGGCGCGCAACCCAUUUAUCUGUGACUGCAACCUUCGCUGGCUGGCACUGUACCUGCACCAGCACCCAGUGGAGACGAGUGGAGCACGCUGCGAGGGGCCAAAACGGAUGCACCGCCGUCGCCUCUCCAUCCUGGGCGACACAAAGUUCAAGUGCAAAGGUUCGGAAGAGCACAGGACACGCUUGGCAGGUGACUGCGUUGUGGACCGCGACUGUCCGGAGCAGUGUGUCUGUGAGGGCACUAUUGUUGACUGCUCGCGCAAAGGUCUUCGUGAGAUUCCUACAGACCUGCCCACCUUCACUACGGAAUUGAGGCUCAAUGACAACCACAUUGUGAAGGUCCGGAAUAGUGGAAUUUUCAAGAAACUGCCCAAUUUGAACAAACUUGACUUGCGCAACAAUGCCAUCUCUGAAAUUGAAGACAACGCGUUUCUUGGUGCAGAACAACUAGCAGAUUUGCUUCUUACGGAGAACAAGCUCAAGCAAGUGCGUGCUAAGAUGUUCUCAGGCCUAAUUCGGCUGAAGACUCUGAUGCUGCGUAGCAACCUGCUGACAUUUAUUGCCAAUGACACAUUUGCAGAUUUGGAUUCUGUACGCCUCCUGUCACUGUACGAUAACAAGAUCCGGUGCCUUGGGCAGGGCUCCUUCGAGCGCAUGUCAUCCCUGGCAACCUUGAAUUUGCUGGGGAACCCACUGCACUGUAGCUGCCACCUACGCUGGCUCUCUGAGUGGCUGCGGCGCAGCAACACAGUCACUGGAAGCCCACGUUGCCACUCACCAGCACGUCUCAAGGACUUGCCAUUGCAAGAUAUCGAGCCUAAGCAGCUUGUAUGCUCAGAGGAAGACCUACACGAGGGAUGCGGCUCGGAUGAACUCUGUCCUCGUGGCUGCACAUGUGUUGGCCAUGCAGUGCACUGCUCACGACAGCGGCUACGCCAGCUGCCCAAGCACUUGCAGCCCACCACUGUUGAACUGUACCUUGAUGUGAAUGACAUAUCAGAGAUACCAAAGGAGCUGAACUUGCUGAAGGAUGUCACGAGAAUAGAUCUCAGCAACAACCAGGUAUCAAUUCUCCCAAACAACGUCUUCUCCAACCUAUCCAAGCUUUCAACACUCAUCCUUAGUUACAACAAACUUCAAUGCAUUCAAGUGGACAGCUUCUCUGGCCUAAAGUCCCUGCGAAUUCUGUCACUACAUGGCAAUGACGUGUCGAUGAUACCAGAGGGCACCUUUCGGGACCUGCAGUCUAUCACGCACAUAGCCCUUGGCGCAAACCCCCUCUACUGUGACUGCAACCUUCGCUGGCUCUCAGACUGGAUCAAGAAGGACUAUAUUGAACCAGGAAUUGCACGCUGCUCCGAGCCUGCAAACAUGAAAGACAAGCUGGUGCUCACAGCGUCCUCGAACCACUUUGUUUGCGCGGCCAAACCGGAACCGGAUGUGCUGGCAAAAUGCGACGCUUGCUAUACAUUUCCGUGCCAGAACGGCGCCACGUGUCGCGCCGUGCCGCUGCGGGACUACGAGUGCAUGUGCCCACCUGGUUACCAUGGUCGGAAUUGUGAAUACCUUGUUGACGCUUGCUAUGGAAACCCCUGCGAGAAUCAUGGCACCUGCAAAGUGCUCGAAGCAGGGCGUUUCAGCUGCCAUUGCCCAAUGGGCUUCCAAGGGGACCGGUGCGAGACCAACAUAGACGACUGUUACAAGAACAAGUGUGAAAACAACGCCACUUGCAUUGAUGCAAUUGGAAGCUACUCGUGCUCCUGUGCACCUGGAUACACUGGAAACUAUUGUGAGAAGAAAAUUAGUUUCUGCAGUAAGGAAUUCAACCCAUGCAAGAAUGGCGCCACGUGUGUUGACCACAUUACGUAUUACACGUGUGCUUGUGCACUGGGCUUCGAGGGUGUUAACUGCAGCUCCAAUGUGGAUGACUGUGCGGAGCAGCCGUGCCUAAAUGGUGCCACCUGUGUGGACGGUAUCAACAGCUACCACUGCAUGUGCCCACGUGGUUUUGGCGGGACACACUGUGAGCUGGCACCUAUGGUUGCCAUGCUGUACCCACGCACCAGCCCCUGCCAGCAGCACGAUUGCAAGCACGGCGUCUGCUUCCAGCCAGGAGGUGCCGGUGCCGACUAUGUGUGCAAGUGUAGCCCUGGCUUCGCAGGUCACCGCUGUGAGCUGUUGUCGAGCGUGAGCUUCCGUGAGGACUCGUUCCUCGAGUUUGAACCACUCCAGACUCGGCCACGUGCAAACAUCACUCUCAAGCUGGCCUCACGACGUGAGUCUGGCGUCAUCGCCUACACUGGUGAAGGCCAGCAUCUGGCUGUUGAGCUGUUCAAGGGGCGUGUACGAGUCAGCUAUGAUGCAGGCAACUACCCAGUAUCAACAAUGUUCAGCUUUGAGACUCUGCCUGACGGCGAUUACCACUCACUCACGCUUGUUGUCGAGAAGAAGAAUGUUACGAUGAUGGUGGAUGGAGGUCCCACCCGCUCCGUCGUCAACGAGGGCCCGCACGAGUACCUAGAGCUGCAUACUCCACUCUAUGUGGGGGGACUGCCUGCAGAUGUUGCAGCCACCGCUCUGCGUCAGUGGCAUCUGCGCAACGCCUCCAGCUUUCUUGGCUGCAUGAAGGAACUGUAUGUGAAUGACAAGCCGAUGGACCUGAUGAAUGCACGCAAGCAGCAGCGCGUUUCGCCUGGUUGCACGGAGUACGACGACCCCAAGCCGUGCAAGAACCACCUCUGCAAGCGUGGGAAGUGCAUACCAGUCGACCGAUACAACUAUGAAUGCAGCUGCCGUAGUGGUUGGAGCGGGCCAUUCUGUGAUCAGGCACCAACAUGCCAGAAGGAGCAGUAUCGUGACCACAUUGAAGAAGAUGGCUGCCGGUCACAAAAAAAGGUCAAGAUGGCCGAGUGCAUAGGCUCAUGUGGUGACCACUGUUGCCGCGCUCACAAGACCAAACGGCGCAGCGUCAAGAUGGUGUGCCCGUUGGGCAGAACGUACACCAAGCAUGUGGAAGUGGUGCGCAAAUGUGGCUGCUCGCGUAAGUGCUGAGACCGCGACAGACACGCCUGCAUUGUAUAGGGCUGCUGCCAUCGGUCUCCACUCAUUAUUGUGUACGCCAAGCUGGUACCCCGUGCGAGCAGCUACGCAACCCCCCGCCAUUUUUGUUCCUAUCAGUGUGCACAGCACUGAUUCAUAUGGGCUCGACAUGCUUCUGCCUCAAAAGUUUGAAUUGGACAACUAUCUCUAUGAUCUGUGUUGCCAAACAGUCGUUCUCACAUCACUUUAGUGGAUCCUGUAGAAUGGUUUAUAUUUCUUUGCCUCAAUGCAUGUCUAGACGUUCUGCCAUUGUGUAAGUCUGCCACUUCGCUCCUCCAAUUGGCUCUAAAGUGGAUCGUGUCCUCCAAGAAGAGAACAUAGUGAAAUUUGGCGACAGCAACAUUUCCAGAGCAGCAUGCCAGAAUUAAUGACCCUCAUUUCAACUACAUCAACAGUAGCACAAUUCAUCUAACAUUCACAAACAGCGUUGCAUUCGAUGGGCUUUCUGUGGUCAACCACUGACAUACACUGGUGAGCACAUGUGUAACCCUGUACUUCAGAGCAUCUUCUUGAUAGUUUAAUUAUUUCUCAUGGAGUUUAUAAUGAAUGUUGAUUGUGCACUUUUGUGAAAAAGAUAACUUAAGAGAAUAUGUAGGCCCUAGUUCACUUCUGUUAGGUUUGCCUACACUCAGCUGAGAUAUGUGCUAUAAGUCUUGCAGCCCUUAAAGGGGCCCUGCAACACUUUUCCAAGUAACCAUCGAAUGGCUUCAUUAAAGGAGUUUAUUGCCUCAUAAAUCGACCACCGCAAAAAUUUUUAGAAUCCGUCAAGUACGAGCGGAGUGAGAGAUUUGUCGCACGCUGCAAUCGCUUUCUCUCUUCUCUCGUCCCGACGAGCGUACUAAGCAGGGAGGGGUGGCAGGGGGAAAGAAGUUACGUCACGUGCGUGUCAUGACCUUGAGCACGUGGACACGUGGCGGCCUCCUGCGGUGGCCUCGGUAACUAUAUAUGCAGCUUACGAUGCUCAGAUCAGCCAGUGGCUGUGAACUUGGGAAUAUGGUGUGGUUAUUUGGGUGUAUGGCAUCAUUUGUUGAAAUAAGAGGGAACUAUGCCUAGCUGACUCUGAAAAUUAAUUGUAAAUUCCAGGCCGCUUUCUGCACUAUAAUGUUUGGCUCGCGUGUUCUCACACUCUAAGAAAAAAUCAAGUAUUUGGGGAGUAUUUCUGCCACACAACAAUAAUCGUCAUCUGGCUUGCUCGCGUUUCCUCUCUUGAAAACUCGGCUCUCGUCACUUUCCUAUCAAAAAUGCUAUGUCACGCUGAUAACACGCGCGCCGUUCGUGGCUAAGUGCCGGAACUGCGGUGAUAAUACGAGGAAAGUACGCAAGGUGGAUGAUUAUUAUAGCUGUUUAGCAGGAAUACUCCCCAAAUACUCGAUUUUUCCUUAGAGUGUAGGAGCCUCGACUACUGAUUGGCAGCAUUUUCUGGCCAUGCUGAAAGUGUUGCAGGGCUCCUUUAAAAAAACUCGCCCCAGUGUUGCAUUGUAAGUUCUCUAAGGCAUCAUUGCUGUUGUACUUUCCCAGGCCAUAUUUUGUUGUGGCCCUUUUAAUUAUAAUAGCAUUUUAUAUGCAGCAGGAUGUUCAAGAUGGAUUAACAAGAAGUGAGAAUCCAUCUGUUGGGGUUUUUAGAAAUUUAAGCAAGCUCUGUUCCGAUUUUGUAUUACCCAUAAAAGUAACGGCACAGUGAGUGAAUACCACUCACUGCUCCGGGGACCAAAGUGGCAGUCAGCGAAAAAUGUCAACUGGUACAACUAUUCUUUCCAGUUCUUGGCAGCCUGUAUAAUUUUUUUGUUGUUGUUGUCAUGCGCCUCAUUUGCGUGCUUGGUUCCCUCCGUUUGUCGCAUUUGGUGUUGUGAUUAGCUCUAUGUGUUAUUUAUAUCUCUAAGGUUCGUGUUUGGAAAGCCAAAAUUGCUCAUACAAGCUGAUGUAGCACUAGUUAUCUGCUCUUUUUGUGGAAAGCUUUAAGCUGUCCAAUCAUAAGAGUGUAUAGAAUCUCAAGUUACUACCAUAUUUGGCACAGCUUGUGCUUUGACGGGUUGAGCUUUUUAUGUACUGCGAGAAUGUGUUGUCGUCUCAACUCUGUGAAACCAGAUGUUGCUCUAACAAUGUUGUUACAAUGAAUUCAUUGACUUGGCAGCGCUAAUCAUGAGCAUUAUAUGUGAAUCUAUGGACUUCAAUGGUGCAUUGUCUCCGUACGUGGUGGCCUUGAAUAUUCGUUGAGAAAUCUACAGUAGCUGCAUUGUCGCAGUUUUUAACUUCCUGCUGGAACAGCUCACUGCCAAAGAAUGAAAUCGAAAGCACAAAAAAUUUAGCUAUCUGUAGUGGCAUAGGUUUGUUUUGUAUAUACAGUUGAGAUGACAUCAAGAUGAGCGCUCCAUAACCAGAGCCAAAGAAGUAGGACUACUGUUUGUAUUCAGCAAUCUGUACAUGGUACAACCUGAAAGAUACUGAAUAGGGAAGCUAAUUUGCGUACUAAAAAUCCGCAACCCGGGAAUACCGAAAAGGUAAUUGUUAUCCUGGAAUCGCAAAAAUGAAAGCCAUCUGGCAAUGCCAUAUUAGGUCAACAAGCUAGCUCUCAUAGAGCAGGUAGCACAAAAAAUAUGUUGACGCAAGCCUUGUCUCGUCUUGUGUUUAAGUUCCUGGCUUGUGUCGACGUAUUUUUUGCACUACUUGCUCUAUGAUGCAUUCUUACAAACUCGCCCAGAUUUCCAUUCUCGUAAGCCAGCUCUCCAUGAAAUUAAAUGUUUUCGCUGUAUCUGAAUGGGAUUUGUUGACCUAUAAACGAAGAUUACAUUGUGUUUUAAAAAAGGAACCUAAUGUUAAACGUAGUAAGCUUAUAAAAUAUAUUUGUACAAAAUUAGUUCAAAUGUGCAAAAACAAAGAUUUUGAGUGAAAUCCAUGACAUUGCACUGACGUACACUGCUGCUGCAGUUUGAGUGCGAAAUUCUGAAUUCUUGGCCUUAAUUUUUCUCUGCUACUUAUAACGCAUUUUUAUUCAUUUUUUUUUUAAAGGAAACUCAAAUAUAUUCUUCGAAGAAUGCUGUACUAGUCCAAAAUUCAUUUAGUGUUGCUUUAAGUGCCUUAAGAGAACUCAUUAAAUCAGGUUUCACAGAGUGAUUGAUUAUGCAUGUGUCCCUAUUUGAAAUCUCUUUAAAUGAUAAGGGAUACAUUAUUGAAGCUGAAAAUUAAUGCCAACCUUAUUUGUUAUGCAUUAAUUACAAAUAUUGGGUGAUCAAAAUUAAGCUUUGGGGUUUUCUUAAAAUACAGCACUGGGAGCUACGUGAAGACCAAAUUUGCAGAUCCAAAUUUUCAGAUAAGUUAUGUAUCCAGAGGGACACAAGGUCAGAUUAUUAUUAUCACUGUCAGCCAAACAAUUAAUUAAGAUUGAAUAAUGAACUUUUUAGUGACUACAGUAAGCAGGCAUGUUUGUAUUUAAAAGUUAGAGGCACAUGUAUACCUACAAAGUCCCAGUCAGUGGAGUCCUUGUAGCAUGUCCGUGCUCAGAGGUAUCCGGCUGGAAAGUUUAAUUGCGGUUCAGAUGAUUACGCAUGCAAGACAGUGAGGAAUGGCGCAAAACUCCUCCCUGAUGUGCCGCAGCAGUUGCGCGCAGCAUUUGGGUCGAAGACAUAGGCAAAGAUGAUAACGGUUACCCUUUUACAACUGGCUGGCGAUAUCAAUGAAUGACUGUUUGUCACAUCAGAGAGGAACAUUGUCAGAGAGGAUCCUCAUUGCCUUGCAUGUGUAAUCAUGUGAACUGCAAUUAAACUUUCUAGUCUGAUCUCUCGGAGCAUGGACAUGCUACAAGAAUUUCGCCAAGUGGAACUGUGUAGAAAUACAUCUGCCUCUAACUUUUCAGUACAAACAUGCUUGCUUACUGCAGUCAAUAAAAAGUUCAUUAUUCAGUCUCAAUUAAUUGGUUGGCUGACAGCAGUAAUUAUAAUCUCACUUUGUCUACCCCUUGAUACAUAACUUAUCUGCAAAGGUGGUCUUCACAUACCUCCCAGUGUUGAGUUUUAAUAAAGCCUUAAACCUUAAUUUUAAUCACCCUCUGUAUACAUCAGCAGUUAUACACUGUGGCUAGCUGGAAUGGAAAUUAGCUUUUAAGUUAUUUUCUUGCGUAGUGAAUCUCUGCUCUAAUUGAGUGUCAGUUACUUACUAUUCAAAAGUGUAACCAACCCAUCUCCAUAAACUGUCAUUUUUCUUUAGUGUUAGAAACUGUCUUGUGCAUAGCCCGAAGGCAACCACAACAUUGCUUUACCGUGUGGUUGUUAGCGUUUUUGAUGAAUUGUUAGUGGUACCUCAUGCCGCCACUCCUCAGGAUUGUGCAGUUGCUUCUUUUUGUGAAAAUGCCGUCCGAAGCUCUACUUGAUUUUACAUCAUUGCUUUCGAUAGCUGUGACAUAAGUUAUGCCUCUGUCACUGUAUGCCUCUACAAGAGUUCCGUUUUAGGCCACGCAUUAAACUGAUGGCAUAUAUAGUAUUACCAUCAGCAGGCCAUUAUUGCUAUCAAUGUGAACUAAUAUUCCUCGCAAAGCUAUUUCUCGACUAGCGUAGUUAUGUUUUCCAGUAAACUAUGACAUGGUGUGGCCAUGCCUCACAGUGUGAUUCACACCACGUGAAUGUUGCCAAUCCUUUCCAACAUAGGUUGACUCAAGUUUGAUACUGGGCUGUAAAUUUUACAAGUUUUCCAUGGCUCUCAACCUUCUCAUUCAAGAACACUUUCACUUAUCAAACAUUUAAGGUGGAACUAAGGUGCUAUUGAUGGUAUGUAUGUUUCUAAAUUCACACUGAUAACAUAAUUUUAUUUCGUUAAGUGCAGGUUACCUGUUCCAUAAUGUUGAUGAGCUUUGCACCACACUGAAAUUUAUGGUACUGAACCCAUUCUUCUCAAAAUGCUGCUAACAUCCAACUGAGUGUCGGUUAACACCUCCCAUCCAUUUGAAACUUUUUAGGUUCUUGGGGGCAGCCACUACAGAGCAAGAUGCACAAAAGUUGCUUGCAUGUGAUGGGUGUUAAAUAUGGAGUCUCAGUCUGUCUAUUCAGGACAUGAACAGCAUCGAGUGUGUGGAGACAGCUCCACUUGUCAUGAACGUUGUAGUGUAACAUGUCAUCACUUGUAUGGUGCACAGAAUUGUGCGUAUGUGCAGUAAUGGCACUGCCUCACCAGUCAGCUAUUUUGACAAGUUUCAAACAGUCGUGGCUACUUUUAUUUAGCAUAGGUUUUCAUAUGUGGUCUGAUAGCUGUAUGGCACACUAUGUAGUAUUCAUUUCUCUGUAUAUAAAUGCCACGCUCAAAGAUUAUAUAUACAUAUAUAUAUAUAUAUAUAUACGCACACACAGCUAACUCACAGUGUCUACAAACAUUACAUGCACAUUGUGUACACUAAUCAGUUUAUUCCCUUUCUUGCAAAUAAACAUGUAUAUACACUCCUGUAGAAGGGUCAGUAACAAUGUUUGCACUGUUGCCUUGGAGGAAUGGAGACUGAGCAAUUAAUGUAGUUCCUACUAGUACCCCUAUAUGCUAUCCAGGACCAGAGCUUUGCCAGUGGUUGACUUGAUUGGCCCUUCCUGUAAGCAUGAAUGUUGAGUACCUUUGCGCUCUACUUCAAAACACUAUUUCUCAACAUCCUAAUGCAUUGACGGGCUAGUUGGUACGUAUCCAUAAGAACUUUUUAGCACAGAAAACAUAACUGAAAAAAGACAACAGAUCCUAUUGUCAUUCUUAUGUUGUGUUUUUCAUGCUAGAAAGUUUUUAUGUUGCCAUCCUGCUAUUGAUUUCUAGAUAUUUGUAUUUCUGUGCAAGGAAGCAAUCACUUAGUCUAUGAUUCUGUAAAAAUUUGAAAUGAGACACACAGCACAAAAUGGCCCCAUGUGUCACUCAUCUUGCACAACUUUAACCACUGCAUCGUUGGGAAACCAAAGGCAAAUCUCAGUGAGCUUCUGCUCAUGUUUUAUCUUGUAUUUAAUAAUUUUUCCAAGCUCACUGAAGUAUUCUUGUGCAUCAUUUAGGCACUUUGAAUCAUAAUCUGGCAGUCGCAGAACUUUACUCAUGAGCUUUCCUCCGAAUCUUUUUAUUGUUGGCACUUGUGCUCUGUUUGCUUUCCAUAUUACUCUGUGAAUCAUAACAAGAUGGAGGCUUCAAGUGAUGAGAGAUCAUGUUGCUGGAGCGAACAUUUGAACUAGUGGGCCUGUCUUCGUCAAGGCAGCAACUGUUGGGUAGUUGAUGCCUUGAAGGGUCCACUUGUCUAAACAUUGGCUCCAGCGACAUUACCUGUUCAACGAUCUCUCGUCACUUCUGUGGGUCGUAGUCAUGCAACUAACUCUCUUCCAUAGUGACCACACAGUUGUAAAAGCUGUCACCGUUUCCGUGCUUCAUAUUUUAAAUGUAUUCCUUUCAGCCACCUUGCAUGGAGUCCAAAUUCUGUAACGUGACAAAACUUACUCUUCUGCAGCUGUAUGCAUUUCAUAAAUUAAGGUGCAAGAAAUGCAGUGAAACUAAGUUUUAUAUGGACAGAAUAACUGAUGUAGCGUAACUGUUGUAGCUUACCUGUCAUGUGCCCCCAGUGUCAAAAUUUUCAGACAAUAGUACAAAUUUUAUUAGUGACCCUUUAGUUGCUCUUGGUAUGAUGUGCAUUGGAGGUCAAAGAUGUGGAUAAAGCAUUUACAUCAUGAGUGAUCUACUGAAAUUAAGCUCCUGGUUUUGUACAGUGACUAUUUCUUUGUUUCCAGAGCUUGUUCCCUUACUGACUCAGUGGCAGUCAGUGUUUUCUUUUUUUUUUUUUUAUGGGAGUAAAACGUGAAGUUACGCAACCGA